CGUGGUGCCACGGGCGGCCUGGCUUCCGGCGGCUGCGGGUCGGCGCGUGCGGCGGCGGCGGCCCAGUUGACUGCGGAGCCAUGGAGAGUGGCUUUGGCUCGGACUUCGGGGGCUCCGGCGGCGGUAAGCUGGACCCGGGGCUCAUCAUGGAGCAGGUGAAGGUGCAGAUCGCCGUGGCCAACGCGCAGGAGCUGCUGCAGAGGAUGACCGACAAGUGCUUCCGGAAGUGCAUCGGGAAGCCGGGGGGCUCCCUGGACAACUCGGAGCAGAAGUGCAUCGCCAUGUGUAUGGACCGCUACAUGGACGCCUGGAACACCGUGUCCCGCGCCUACAACUCGAGGCUGCAGCGGGAACGAGCCAACAUGUGACCAGGAGGCCGGAGCCCGGCCCCGGCCUCGCGAGGCGGGGAUGGGGCCGGGGGAUGCCUGCGGCACAGCCGGCACCGCGGCCCCACUUACCUCUGGCAACCCCUGUGGCUUCCCAAAGCGUGGGAACCCAGCGACACCACCUGCUUGCCUGGGAUCCGGCAGCAUGGUGCCCUGACCCGCCCGGUUCAUUCAGCCGUAUGGCCUGGGCCCAGGAGAGAGCCCUGGUUUGGACUUGUUGAGGUGACCACCUGAGAGUGGACUAAUAAAUUAACCGAAGAGCGGCCGAGAGA